UCUAUUGUUGUCUAAUUGGAGAUGAAUAAUCCAUUUUCGCAGAGAUAAAGAUUUGUUAAAUCGACUUAGAAAAUAUUAAAAUAUAAUUUAAAUAUAUUUUAUAUGUGUUUGUAACAUUAAAAAUGUCCUGCUUUGGCUGCGGUAAGAAGUAUGGACUUUUCACAAAAGAGCACGGCUGUCCCAGUUGUGGCUAUUCCUAUUGUAUUAAAUGCCUCAAACGUCCCAUGCCCGUACCACGACACGGUGGUAAAGUAAUGGAUGUAUGCUUAAUCUGUUAUGAUAAACUUUCAAAGUUGGAAACGACUGAAAAGGUCAUUGACAUAGAUGCAUUGCCUGGUGUUUUGGUGACAAAGUCAAAGGGCAACAGAAGCAAUGACCCGCUGGUAGCAGCAGCUGCAGCGUUGUUGGAAGAUGAUCCGCCACCUGAUUUGGGUGACGUGCUGGCACCAAUUUCAACUACUGCCGCUACUACUGCUGAUACAGAUGCUGCACAUUCCAAUGUAGAAAAUUCGGAAAUUGAAGAAAAUUUAGACUCUGUGAUUUCUAAACGUCUAAAAGAUCUGAAAACGAUUGAUAAUCCCUCUACCGACGAGGAGAUACGCGCACGACUCGCUUUGCUAAAUGGCAUGCCACAAAAGGAUUACUCCAAGAAAGAUUUACUGCUCGCCACAGAUGAGCGCACAGAUCAGCAGAAAAUGCAAGAUCUUCUGGAACAAUUUAUGGGUGAAGCGCAAAUCGAUCGUCAAGUAGGCAAUGAACGCAAUGAUGCCAUUUCGGAUAUUGAAAGACGCUUGCGUGCGUUAAGAGAACAGCCACUAGAUGGUGUCGGUGCAAUACAAAAGGAACAUUCACCAGACAAUAACACACCUAGUGAUAAUGAAGAUGAUGAAACGGUCUUGAAGGCCGUUAUGGAAAAGUAUUUGGCUGAAUCACGCCUACCCACAGCACUCGAAACUGAGUUGGCGGCUGGUGUGCCACCGCCACCGGCUGGCACGCGUCCCGCCGAUUUGGAAGAGCUGCCCUGGUGCAAUAUCUGCAACGAGGAUGCGGUAUUCCGCUGCAAAGGUUGUGAUGGUGAACUCUUUUGUGCGCAAUGCUAUCGUGAGUGUCAUGACGAUGACGAAGAGUAUCGCGCGCAUGAGAAGGUGCCCUUUGCAGCGCCACCAAAAUUCAAAGAAAAUCACUUUUAGCAACAAACAGUGCAAUGGAAGAUCAAAAAAAACUCAACCAAAUUAUCAUUUUAUGUUUGUAUUUGUAUGUUCAUACACUUUAUUGAUACAGAAAUAUAACACAUAAUUAUUUGUAUUAUGCAUUAAGCUGGUAUUAAAUUUAAUGGGGAAUGAAAAAAUAAAGACCACGUAUAAAACUUUAA